ACUUACCAUAAUCAAUAUAAUAUGUCAGCUUUGAAGAAGACAAACUUGAACUCUGUUGUUCAAUUGAGAACCACCGUUGAUGAAAACUUGGCAACCUCUUUGGCUGCACUUGGGUACACCCAAUCGUUUUCUCUCAUAGAUACAAAGCUAGUCUUGGGGUACCUGACGGUGCUUAUCGCCGUUGGGUUAUACUUUGCUGACAAGAAGUUUGGCUUCAAUGCAAUUUUCAAUCAAACCGUGGCUGCCAUAGUGAUCUAUAGUAUUCUUAACGUGGCGUUAUGGUAUCUCACACUGACGGCCGCAUAUAAGGAUGUCAAGUACAUUGGCCAUGACAACAAGGGUAACCAGAUCAAGGUUGCCACCUGGACCACUGGAUAUGAACCUUUGUACCACGUGAAGAUCAGUACUACGACGGGAACUAAGAAGAAGGUAAACACACUUGAAUCUACAUUUGAAUUCACAAAAUUGUUCGAUGGCAUUGGGUACUACAAGGAGGAACAAUUAACAAAACUUUUUGAGACGGAACUCGAAAAAAUUGGAAAGAAAAGUAUUUAGAUAAAUAUGACAUAGGAAGGCAUUUGAAAAAUUUAACUACC